UCCUCUUCUUCUCAGCGCGAACUUCGGCCGAAAAGAGAAUUGAGAACAAAAACAAACAGCAAGAGGCAAGAAGAAGAACCCGACCCUCUCCAUAGUCUGUGCGAGAGGGCAAGGUGUUGGCCAUUUGCUGAUUUUAGCCCGCUUCACUGAUAGAUUCGGCUCGAAGUGAUGACGUCGGCCCUGCCGAUCGGAGUGUGCGGCCCCGACGAGCAGAAGCGAUAAAGCAAACUUGAUAAUUCCGAAACUUCUUGAUAAUUUGCUAUUCCAAAAUGCUGCCUGGCCCCAAGCUUAUUGUGGCCGUCGCCACACACCAGAUCACAGUCCAGCGCUCCGCCGUCUGCUUCAAUGCUUAUUGCGUUUGAUUUUGGUGAUCGGUGACGUCGUUGCACCUACUGCUGCCUCAAGGCGUAUUCGACAGUGAUGUAACAGUGAUGCCCACAUAUACAAAGAUUGGCUCAUUACCAUUACCGCCAGUGGCCCCGCGUGAGUAUGUAUCUGUCGGUGCGAGGGAGAGAGGCAGCUCCAACCAACCUGAAUGCAGUACGCGAGCGACUGCUUCUAUUUAUAGGGCGUCCCCGUCCCCCCCACAACAAUGUUUCCCCCCGAGUCAGUUGGAGCUGGCCGAAAUGCAGCCACGGGGGAAACAUAAACAUAAACUGCAAAGCCCUGCAAGAGAUGGUGGUCGAUCGAAACCAGAUCGAGACGAACGAGGAGCAGCUGGGACAGUCCAUACAGAAGCUGGAGAAGGAAAGCCUCGAGAUGAAGCACCAGUACGUGUCAUACGAAACCGAUUUGCUUUCGCCGCUGUCACAGAAGGACUUGUCCAUAGAAAAUCUGCAGAAAACUCUCAACGAACUGUCCCGCGAUGUUCUGCGUAACAGCCAGGAAGAGCAGAUGCGCUCCAUUUGCCCCGAGCUGGAGUCAAGCUGCGAGAGAAUCUGCACCAAGUGUCUGGAGUUUGAACGCCUUCUGGCCGAUGGCAAAUCCAAGUGCACGGAGACAACCCAGCGUGAGUGCGAUCAGCUGCAAGCGGACAUCGUCGAGACCCGGAAAAAGCUGGAAGACGUUCAGUUGGCUUAUACCCUGGCCAUGUGCCAGUUUUCCGAAAAGUCGGUGGACUGCAAAUGCUUCAGCUGUCCAAUAUCCACCGCUCGUGUGGACAAUGUAUUGCAGGAGAAGUACGAUGGUCUGGAGCAGAUGUGGCAGAGCCAGCAGAAGGUCAUACAGAGCAUGGCAGCAGACUAUAAUUUACACCAGAAGUACCAGAAGCUGCAACAAGAGUACGAGGAUCUGCGACGAACGUCGAGUGCUUCUGAAGAGCAGGUCCUGCAGCUGGACGCUGACAACAACAGACUGCAGAUUGAGAUUGUCACUCUGAGGGAGCGAGUGGAGGAGGCGCAGCGUCUGAUCUUGGAAGCUCCCAAUACCGAGGCCCAGAUAGAUGCUCUAAAGGAAGAACUGGCGGGGGUGCAGACGAUCUUUGGGCACAUGAGUAGAGUGUAUGACGAAAUGUAUAAUCAACUUGGCGAAAGUGUACAGAAAUGCGACGUCCUGCAAAACGAACGGAAUGCACUGUGUACGGAAGUUAAGGAGCUUAACAAACGUUGCAUGUCCAUGGAGGUAAAGCAGGUGGAGCUCCAGUCAAGAGCCAGCCAGAAGCAGCUGCUCCUGGAAAGACAAUUAGAGAAAUUGUCAGACGACGUCCAACGCGUCGACCAGCUACAGGAAACCAAUGCGAAGCUCGUCGUGCGCAGCACCAAGGCCGAAGACUCCCUGUCGGAGAUGCAGGAGCGUUUGCUGCAGAACAAUCGGGACAUCGAGACUGUUGAAGAAGACCUAAAGAGUGCCAGAGAUCGCAUAGAGACUCUUGAACAAACUCUAAAGCGUGACAGAGAUCGUAUCAAGACUCUUGAAGCAACUCUGAAGAAUGCCCGAUAUGCGGUAGAUGCCAUUGAACAAAUAAAAACAGAUGAACUGAACGCCCUUAAGCUGGAAUAUCUAGAUAAAAUAGAGAAACUAAGAAAUAGUUUAACUAUCAAGAACCGUCGUCUCGAAGAAUGCGAGAAGCUGCGUGCGGAACUGAUAAAUACAAGUUAUUUACAGAAAACGCAGUUCUCCGCGUUGCAAGCGAAGGUCGAAAAUAAUUCCCAACUAAAGGCUCAACUCCAAUGCGUGCAGGCAGAACGUGAUUCCUUCCGGGACGCUUUGGACCAGAAAAAACAAAGCCUCGCAGAAACCAAUAGGAAAUGUCGGAAAAUGCGCCAGGAAAUUGAGGAGAGUCAAAAACAAGUAGCUCAACUUAUGGAAAAGAAUGCAGUUUAUGAGAAAAAAUUGACUCUCGAAGAAGCCAAUCAAAAACUAAACAACGAGUUGGGAGUAAAAACAAAUACGGCUGAGCUUACAAGCGACACUGUGAAGAAAGUUGUGGAGAGUACGUCUACCACUCCUCCAGAUCGCAAAUCCACAAGAAGUGAGUCCGACCUGCGGAGGAAUCGUCGAAGAGCCAUCCACGAUGAACGUCGCGCGCCGUACUUUAAUGGAAUGCUUUGAAAUUCCUCACAAUUUUUUGUGCUGACCAUAAAGGCGUGUUCAGUGCUCACGCAUAAACGGAGGCAGGAGAGCAGUUGAUGCAGCCCUGGUAUCAAGUGGGUAAA